AUGAGGCAUGGAAGGGAAUGGCAGCAGACCUUAAACAGCAUCCACAUCCUGUUUAUUAGUUCUAGAAGCAGAAGAGGCGCCCCUUAUGCGAAAGUUGUGCCGUUGAAUCGGUGUCGACUCCUGGUGACCACAGAGCCAGGUGCUUUUCUUUGAUAGAAUACAAGAGGGUUUACGAUUGAAACUGGCAUAGUGGGCAGUAUAUUGAUAGCGCAAAGUGCAACUAAAUUACUAAAAUUAACAGUGGAUUAGAGCAUCCUCACUAUGAGAAAAGCUACAGCUUUUUCAUUUAUCUAAACAGACAAGCAAUGUGGCUGGAAAGACAUGAUAUACAGAUAUUAAUUUAGAUACAGAAGAGGAGAUGCAGCCUCUACCAGCCACUCUCAUCAAAGGUAUCUGCAACUUCUGCAGAAACAAAUCUGUAAUGAUGAGAGAAUAUAACCAGUGAUUGCAUUGGCUGACUUGCCGGCUGAAACUGUAGAGCUCACAUGCUGAGGCAGCACCUGCACUCUGUUUCCCAGCCAAGGGGUAAGCAAGUGUGGGAUUCAGAAGGAGCUAUCCAGAACUUGAGCACACAGGAAAUGUUCAGAGAUGCAGCUGUUGGGGAGCUGUCCAGCAUUUCAGCAUCACCGCAGUUCAGCUGGGAUUCUUAGCUUGCUGUUGAGCCUCCAGAGCAGAGCAACCACAGAAGGAUGUGCAAAGGGAGGACAGAGCCUUGGUUAUGAAGGAAAUCUGGAGAGUAGGAGUGGUGUAAAAGUGCAAACGAAAACUGGAGGCAUGAUGCCAGAACUAUUUAACUUAAGGGAUGCAUGACCUGUCUAAGCAUAUAAAAAAGAAACUGCAAAGAAAGGCAACUUACAUGAAGAUCAGCUUAUCCCAAGCAGCAGCACCAAUGAGGAAUUUGAAUCAAAUCUCUGACAGAAUACAUGUCAAAUGGAUUGUUCUCAUAUGAAUUUUUUUAAAAGAUCUGCACCUACUAGAUUCACCUAAAUUACAAAGCCUUCAUCAGACGAAACAGAGCUUUGUUAUUCUGGACAAUGGAUGAUUUUUCCUCUAAGCCUGAGUACAAUGCUUCUUGCACUGAUGUAGAUAUUGGUUGCUACAGAACAGGACUUCAUUGGCAGAACAUGUCAGCCCCACAACUGAUUCCCAAGUUUUAUAUUGUUGUGCCCGUCAUUUACUCUGUCAUCUGUGCUGUUGGACUCACAGGAAACUCUGCUGUCAUUUAUGUUAUCCUAAAAGCUCCCAAAAUGAAGACAGUCACCAAUAUUUUCAUUCUAAAUCUGGCCAUUGCUGAUGAGCUGUUCACAUUGGUGCUCCCCAUCAACAUAGCAGACUACCUGCUGCUUCAGUGGCCCUUUGGUGAAUUCAUGUGCAAACUGAUUAUCUCCAUUGACCAGUACAACACCUUUUCAAGCAUUUACUUUUUAACUGUCAUGAGUAUUGAUCGAUACUUGGUGGUGGUUGCCACCAUUAAAUCAAAGAAAAUGACCUAUCGCACUUACAGGGCUGCCAAGACAGUGAGUCUGUGUGUCUGGUUUUUUGUCACAAUCAUCAUUUUGCCAUUCAGUAUCUUUGCCAAAAUACAUACUGAAGAGGGAAGAUCUCAGUGUGUCUUUGUCUUUCCCAGUCCAGAGAGCUUCUGGUGGAAAGUGAGCCGUCUCUACACUCUGAUCUUGGGUUUUGCCAUUCCAGUGUCCACCAUUUGUAUCCUGUACAGCACCAUGCUCUACAAGCUAAGGCGCAUGCGUCUCCACAGCAAUGCAAAAGCCUUAGACAAAGCUAAAAAGAAAGUGACAAUAAUGGUGCUGAUCAUCUUAGGUGUGUGCCUCUUCUGCUGGACACCCUAUCACCUCAGCACUGUGGUAGCCCUCACAACAGACAUCCCACAAACCCCUCUGAUAAUUGGGAUCUCCUAUUUUAUUACCACACUAAGUUAUGCUAACAGUUGCCUCAACCCAUUCCUUUAUGCUUUUUUAGAUGAUACUUUCCGGAAGAGUUUCCGCAAAUUGGUUGAAUGUGGAACUUCCUCCUAAAAUACCAGUCUUUUAAUAGCCCCUUUAAUACUACCCUUACAAUGCCUUUCUGUAAAUGAUAUAAUGCAUUCUGAAGAUGCUUUGAAAAACACGGCGGGAAGAAAACAGCUGUAUCGUAGAUCAGGUCUAAACAUCUGUGAACUUAAAAGACAGAAAUUAGUCCUAUUCUUCAACAAGUGUCACAGUAUUCAGACUGGAUGAGUAGCUUGCUGAAUCACCACUACACGUCCUCCAGGACAUGCUUUGCUCUAUACCUAUUCAGUGUGGAUCACCUGCCCCCAGUAUGGUAUGAAACAUAGCUCCUUCAAAUGUAAAAACAAGGAAGAAAGAAACAGAACCAAAAUGACACAGAACAGAAUUGAUUUAAAAAUAUUUGAUGUUGACAUUGUUGGAGUUUUGUAAAGUCAAAUAAAGAUGUUCAGAGUG